AAUGCAAAAAGGAAGAAAGCACAUGAAAAGUAGAGCUACCUACCAAAUCCAGCACUAACUUAAAUUGUAACCACUCGUCUUUCUCUACCAACUCGGUCAAAUAAUAAUACACUCUUCUUUAAUUUCCUCCCAUCAUUUUAUAUAUUCAUUCCCCUUUCUCUCUAUUACCCUUCUUCAUUUCUCUCUUUCACUUUCCAUCAUGCUAUAAUCAUCAUAACCUUCUUCCAUUUUCCAUUCAAUCAUCAUGGGUAGAUCUCCUUGUUGUGAGAAAGAACACACAAACAAAGGUGCUUGGACCAAAGAGGAAGAUCAACGCCUCAUCAACUACAUCAAGAUUCAUGGUGAAGGUUGUUGGAGAUCUCUUCCCAAAGCUGCUGGUUUAUUGAGAUGUGGAAAGAGUUGCAGACUGAGAUGGAUAAAUUACCUGAGGCCUGAUCUAAAGAGAGGAAACUUCACUGAAGAAGAAGAUGAACUCAUCAUCAACCUUCAUAGCUUACUUGGAAACAAACCCGGAAGAACAGAUAAUGAAAUAAAAAAUUAUUGGAACACUCACAUCAAAAGAAAACUCUACAGCCGGGGAAUUGAUCCUCAAACUCACCGGCCGGUUAAUGCGACCGGAAUCACAGCCACAGCCACAGCCACAGUCGCAGUCGCAACCGAAAACAAUAAGAAAAGCAAGGAAAAAAACAAUAGCAUUAUUUUAAGCACCAACAUUAUUAAUGACAACAAUAAUAACAAGUUUCAAUUGGUGAGUGACUUGGUUUGUGAAGAUUCAUCAAAUAGUAGCAGUGGUGUUACCAUUGAAGAACAAACAUACCCUCUUCAUAAUCAUCAUCAUCAUUGCCAACUCAACUUGGAUCUUUCCAUUGGUCUUCCCUCUCAACAAAAUAACCAAGCUUCUUCAAAUUCCAUGAACCAAGAAAACAACAACAACAACAAGAAGUUGAAGCAAGAACAAGAAGAAGCACAUGGUGUUUUCUAUCAUCAUCAAUGGUAUGGCAAUAGUGAUAAUAAUAAUAGUAAGAGUGUAUGCUUGUGUUAUGGUCUAGGGUUUCAAAGUAACAAUAACAAAGUGUGUAGCUGCAAAGGUGCCAUUGUUGGUGGUACGGCGGUUACUACAACCGCCGCAGAUAAUAGCUUGUAUAGAUUUUACAGACCUAGUCAUAUAUAUUUUUAUUUUUUUAUUUAAUUAAUAU